AGACUUGGCUCAGCUGCCAAGGUUGCCCUUACUUACUGCAACAGAACAGGCUUAGGGCAUCUCAGGCAACAUGUCUACCACGCGGUGGGGCAAGAAGUGGGCAGACUUCGACGAUGAGGACGAGGGCGCCGCGCAGGAAGCGGAAGGCGGAGGCUUCCAAUCACAAGCGGACAAGGACGGCAUCAAGACCAACGUGGUUUACGUCGAGAAGAACGGUGCUACCUACAGGGUCACCAAGAAGAUCAAGGAGACAGUCACCACCAAGUGGACCAACCAGUCAAUUCAGUCCCGCAAGAACUUGGCAAAGUUCGGCAAGGCACUAACCAACACUGAGGAGGUCGAGAAGACUUUCUGCAUGAAGACCUUGGAGGAUAUCCAGGUUGAAUCUGCCAAGAAGAUUCACGUAGAUCUUUCACAGAAGGACGACGCUGAGGAGAAGUUCUUCGAAGAGAGCCUUGCCAUCACCGAAAGCUUGCUGAGAGAGAAGAAGGUGUGGACUGACCUGAACAAGGAGCUGAAGGAGGUGGGGGUCGGUGAGGAGGACAAGAAGGAGACCACCGACACGCCCGCCCUGGCCACCGGUGCGCCUGGCAAGUACGUGCCGCCCAGCCUUCGUGGUGCCCAGGCUGGCGACAGCAAGGGCAAAGGAAAAGGGAAGGGCGGUGACUCGGGACAGCAAGAUGCGACUUUGCGAGUUUUCAACUUGUCGGAUGACGUCAAGGAAGGUGAUCUGCAGGAUCUCUUUGGACAGUGCGGACGUCUCCAGCGCGUCUUUUUGGCCAAGGACAUGACCACCUUCCAGUCCAAGGGCUUUGCGUUCAUCACGUACUACAACAAGGAGGAUGCCCAGAGGGCCAUCGACCGACUCAACGGCCAUGGCUACGACAAUCUCAUCAUGAAGGUGGAGUGGGCUAAGCCCCGAGCCUAAGCCGCGCCUCCGGACCCUCCGGACCUCCGGACCCUCCGGACCCUCCGGACCCUCCGGACCUGAGCCGAACCUGCCAUAAGUCGAGUCGGGCGUUUUUGGCUCGCAGUCAGGUCAGGCCCGAAAUCUUCAAAGCCUCCAGUGUUCCGGUUUUGGACAGUCACAAGGAAGGGACGGAGAGUGGCACAACCCGCCAUGC